AUGUCCGAUAGUACAGACAGUAACGAGCCCCGGUGUCCUGUAGAUACCUCCAAAUGGGGCUCUCUCAAAUCGAAAUGCCCUGUUCCUCAUAAUGCACGAGAAGAGUGGCUCAGAAAGGUUUCUGUGACUGUUCCCGAGGCUAUAGAAGUCUCAGAUAAAGAUAACUGUAACUCAGAUAGAUUUUCCAAUACCUUAAAAGAUACUACUACCAGUAAAGUGGAUCUUCCUAUUGAACGGGAAAUCAGUCUGAUUCCCAGAACUCUGACGUCUGGCAACUGGAUUUACCCGUCACAGAAACAGUUUUUUGAAGCUAUGCAAAGAAAGAACUGGAAUCCUGAAGCCCAAGACAUGAAGACCGUGGUUCCCAUUCAUAACAUGGUCAAUGAAAUGGCAUGGCAACACAUUCUUAAUUGGGAACAGUCUUACCAUGAGGAAACCGUAGCCAAAUGUGGUGGAAUUACGUUAUCGUCUUUCAAGGGAGAUGCUACCAAGUUAACCCCCAGAGCUUGGAUCAAAGCCAAUGUGUUUCAAAUGGACAAACCAUUUGAUAGACACGAUUGGAAGGUUGAUAGGUGCGGAGUUAGCAUUGAAUAUGUCAUUGAUUUCUAUACUGUGCAAAAUGCCAAUGGGAAACCGGGAUUCUUUUUAGACGUAAGACCUAAAUUGAACAGUUGGGAGGGGAUCAAACUCCGAGGACUCAGAGCCAUGGGAAUGGCUUAA